AAAGAAGAUUUGGGCAAAGAAAGAAUAUCAAAAGAGAUCUAAUAUCAUUAAUGAAUCAACAUUUUCACAUCAGUUCAUGUCAAGUUACCUAGACUAUUUAAUAGAUGAUGAUUCUUUGUUGGUUAGAUAUGAACAAGGUCAAAGCAUGGCAGCAAAAGACCAUAAUGUAAUUAAAUACUGUGAUAUAAUUGUUUCAUAUGGAAAUUCUAAAUAUAAAACCCAAGAAAUUUUUUAUGGUGAAAAUAUCACAUCACACGUUAAAGGUGACCACAUAAAAUUGGGAAAAGUAGGCAAAGACUCAAUAGAUAGAUUAAGAAAAACAUUAGGAAACAAUAACAUCAAAGUCAUUUUAAUGCAUUUUUAUGGUUGUUACCAACAAGAAGGUUGUGCUCUUCAUUGGAAAAUGCGAUUAUGUAAUCCUUGUAAAGAGUGUGGUAUACCAACUGCUUCUAUAUACAGUAUGUGUGUUAAACAUGCUGGAAAAUAUCACAACAAAUCAAACUAUCAUAAAAAAAGGCAGGCUGAAUUACUUAAAAAAUACAAUCAUGAAAAUGGAUUAG